CUACAGGAAAACCUUCUUGUUAUACUCUCGCGCCAUUCAUUUUCUAACGUGAUUCGUCGCGUGUAAUUACCCAUUAUUUUGGCUACCUUUUUAAGUCUGGAAACAGGAACUGAAACUCACUUCGGAAUGGGCAAAUUCAUACCUAAUGUUUUCAACUUCGGAGUUGUGGUCUUUGUCGCUCUUGGUUCCAUGGCUUGUAGCUAUGGAAUGGCCGUUAUCUCCUCUACGAUCGGACAGCCCACUUUCUAUACGUACUUCAAACUAGCCACGCAAGGGGAGCCUGGAUAUAGUCGUACAACCGCAUAUAUUGGAGCCAUGAAUGGGCUGAGUUCUGUUGGCUCAGUUUUCGGCGCCGGUAUUACUUCAUGGGUUGCAGAUUGGGCGGGACGCAAAAGGAACAUUCAGGUCGGCGCGUUGGUACUCAUCCUGGGUGGGGGACUUUGUGCCGGAUCUGUCAAUAUUGCAAUGUUCCUUAUUGCGCGGUUUAUAGCUGGAUUGGGGAUUGGAAUGCUGGUCACUGGUAUUCCCAUGUAUCAGGCAGAAGUGUCGACACCGGAAAGCCGUGGACUUAUGGUUUCCAUGCAUGGUGUAAUGUUCGCAGUGGGCUACUCACUUUCCGCAUGGAUUGGCUUUAGCACAUACUUUGUGAAAGGCGCAACCUCGUUUUCGUGGCGCUUUCCGUUAGCAUUCCAAACAGCACCUGCCAUUCUUCUAUUGAUAGGUUCCCCUUGGCUUCCGUUUAGCCCACGGUGGUUGUUGCAACAGGAUCGGACCGACGAAGCCCUGUCUACUAUCUACCGGUUACAUAAGAGCAAGGAUGAUCCAAAUGAUGUCAGGUCAAAGAAAGAAUUCUACCAGAUCAAGAAGCAAAUGGAACUAGACAAGACACUUUUGCAAGGGGCGGGCCAAUGGCAGUUGUUUGCCACUGCGGCAAAUCGAAAACGAGCGUUAUUGGGCUUCAUUUUAAUGUUCGGCAACCAGUUUACGGGAGUCUUGAUUAUCGCCAACUAUGGUGUGUUGCUCUACGAGUCCUUAGGGAUGGGUGGGUAUAUGCCGCUACUAUUAAGUGCCAUCUGGGUAACGGCUUCCUUCCCCGGAAAUGUAUUCAAUGGCCUCUUUGUCGAUAAGUUUGGUCGUCGAGUAUUUCUCUUGACAGGCCUUGGCAUGCUCGUUGUCGUCCUCAUUCUCGAAUGUAUUAUGCAGGCACAGUUUCUCGGAACCACGAACAUUGCUGGACAACGCGCUGCUAUCUUCUUUAUCUUUCUUUUCAUUAUUUGCUGGUCAUUUUGCAUGGAUGCUUCCCAAUUCCUCUACCUCUCGGAGAUUUUCCCGACUCAUAUCCGCGCACAAGGCAUGGCUGUUGGAAUGGUGGGCCUGUACUGCGCGACCAUCGUCUUGUUGAUUGCGGGUCCAACGGCAUUGAAUAAUAUCACCUGGAGGUUUUUCAUCGUGUUAAUUAUCCCAACAGCCGUUCAAUUCCUCAUAAUUUUCUUUUUCGCUCCAGAGACAAUGCAGAGGAGUUUAGAAGACAUUAGUGCGGAAUUCGGCGACAAGGUUGCGGUACAUUACUACCACGCAACACUUGAGGAUGAGAAGCAGUAUGAUCAAGCACUUGAAGAGGAUAUGGCUCGAUCGCGAAUUGCUGGGGCUGAGAAAUCUUCGGACGGUGUUGUUCAGAUAGUAGAGAGAACGGAGGGGUAG